CGUCGUUGACUAGCGGUCCUGCUGAGGAGCGGUUUCCAAGUACAGUCGAAGUCAUGUGUGAAGCUUUAUUGAAGCUUUAUUUAAACGGGUUGCUGUUCCCAUACCUGUUGGGAAGUAAAAGAAGAAGGAAAGUACCAGAAACUCAAGCGACACAAGCUGUGCCAACAGGAACCCAAAUGAGCGUUCCAGGACAGGAGCAGGUGGAGAAGCGAUACGAUCCACUAGAUUCUACCCUGAAGUUCGUCAACAGGCCAGAUGAUCUGAAUCCACUGUGUGAUGACUCUCUCAGAGCAGAGAUGUCCUGUGGCCACGCUGUCACUCCUGAAUCUCUGACACGAUGGUGUCGCACCCUGCUGGAUCAGGGGAAUUACAAAUUCAGAUGUCCAGCGUUAGUGGAGGAAACCAAGCAGUGUAAUAAAGAGUGGUCGUAUCAGGAGGUGCGCAGACUGGCUGAUCUGACUGUGGAGGAAAUGCAGCACUUUGAAGAGAGCAUGGCCCGUCUGGCUCUUGCAGACCACUGCGAGGUUCAGGAAUGUCCACAGUGCAAAACAAGCGUGGAGAGGAUGGAUCUGUCUAACCUGUGUGUCCAGUGUGUCGUAUGCACAGCUGUUCAGAAGAAGAAAUUCUACUUCUGCUGGCAGUGUCUGAAACCAUGGAAGGGUUCAGGCCCUCGAUCUGACCGCUGCGACAACGACGGCUGUGAGAACAAGGACCUGCAACUUCUGCAGACAUGCAAAACCAUCAGUCUGCCUGACGUAAAGGACGUCACCAGCUGCCCCGCCAUCAGACUCUGUCCUACAUGUGGCCUGAGGGUGGAACAUAACAGAAAACACUGCAAAAAUAUCAAAUGUCCUCGCUGCAAAAUGGAGUUCUGUUUUGUCUGCCUGAAACUGAAGCGUGAAUGUUCCAGUUCACCAUACAGAAUGUGCCCCAGUGGGGUCGCUCCAAGGCAGACCUCCAUCCCUGUGUGGAGGAAAACUUAAAAACAAGAAUGAAGUGUAUGUGUAACUCGGGUUCUUUCUUCUAUUGGUUUCUCUGUCUUCCUUGUCGUUUAUGGACUCUACUGGGCUAGCUUUGGAUGAGCUUGCUUAAAAAAGAAAGUUCUAGAGGUCAAGUUGUCUUUGAAUACAGUUUUUAACCAUCAAUAUUUUUAGUAACCUUUCUUUAGCUGAGGCAAAAGAUGGACGGGUUUGUGUCACUUUGAUUUUCUUGAUCUCUCAGUAUGUUUAUGAGAGAGAAGUCAGUGUUUGAUAUUCACAAACAAGAAUCUGAUUGUGGGGUCUGCAGAUAUCUGGCAUUUUUAUGGUGAUUAAAGUUGCUGUAAGACUGAUGCCUCAUGAUAUCUGAUACUUCUUUUGCUUUAAGGUGUUUAUGGUGUCCACAGGAAAUGGAAUCUCAUUACUAUACAAAUCCUGUGAAUCUCAGUACUGGCAGCCUCAGAUUCUUUGGCAUAAAAACAUCUAAAGUGCACUUCUACGUUUUUAAUUGUCCUCACAGUCUCAAAAACAUUUUCACAAGAUGGGCUAAGUGCCUGUGAGAAACAGUAUGAAAAUGAAAAAGUGCAAAGAUGAAUGAGGAAAAGCACCAGACCCUUGUAUAAGCUUCUUAAAUUGCAAUUAUCCUUUAUAAUAUUCACAUUUGAAACAUACAGGUUCUGACAUUGCAUAAAAUAAAUAUAUUAUACUAAAUGUCUGUGUCUUAUGGUUCUUAUGGUUGUCUUAAGAUUG